AUGAGCCAGGCCAGGUUGCUGAGAGACUGCCUCAAGUCCGUGUGUGGUUUUGUGAAAGGAAGACAACGAGAGUGCCGUCGAUACUACGAGUGGUCCAGGUCAAGUCAAUCUUCGCUGGAAUUCCUCUGGAACAACGUCCGGCGCAACCUACCCCCCAGGGAGAAGAAACCCAAGCCCACGACCAAAGUGCUGAACCUAACCGAUAUCGGCGUUCCAGAUAAGCACAUGAACAUUCUUGAAUUAGGCCCAAAGUUCUGCCUAGAGCCGUGCCUAGACUCUGUGAAUAAGAUAGCCACCGUUAGAUCAGUGUCUAAACAUGUAGCAGAAGAUGAAAAAUUCAGGUGCAUUUCUGAGUGCGUUGACGUCUUAGUUAGACAUCAAGGAAACCAGAAUGGCAGAGCGCGGAAAAUUCAACCCCUUGUGCAAUUUUUAAGGGAAAACGAAUUGAAAGUACUGACCGCUGAUAAAGAAGGGUACUUCGUCCUCCUAACGGAGGGGCAGUUUUCCGAGAAAGCCUCAGCCGCUUUAACAAAGAACUUCAAGAAGGUGCACAUUCAACCUAAGAAAGUCAAAUAUCAAGCAAAGAAAUUGUUGCUAGAAUUGAACCUCGAGCGUCUUUCUGGUGCAGUGAACAAAAGUCAGGGGUUGAACCUUGAGGUGUUCUUUACGAUAAAAACGCAUAAACCCGACAAACCUUUACGAACAAUUGUGUCUGAAAGAAACACAUGGCAACACGUAGUUUCUGGUUAUCUUCAGAAGAACUUAACAGGGCUCCAGGUAGAAGACCCAUUCAAAGUAAAAAACUCGGAAGAUGUCAUUAGGUUUUUACGAGAAGAGGUGCACCCAGCAUGCACAGCGUUCAGCAUCGACGUCACCGAUUUAUACUAUUCCCUUCCUAGAAAUCAGCUGAUCAAGACAAUCAAAGAUUGCAUUAUGGAAAGCGACGAGUUAAAGUUUAGAAAUGAUAGUGGCGUCCCGGUUGAGUCGUUUCUCGAACUCUUGGUUUUCUAUUUAAAUUCCACGUUCGUUAUCUGGGAUGAUCAAAUAAUGAUUCAGAAGCAGGGGGUCUGCAUCGGCUCUCAGGUCGCACCCAUUCUUAGCGAGAUCUUUCUCGGCACAGUUGACCGGGCACUCGAGAGCGCCUUGGCAGGAACUUUGAUCAAGUGCUUCAGGUUCGUUGACGACUACCUGGUAGUUAUCCCCUCCCAAAACAGUCCCAAAAUUAUUGGAGAUAUUCUCGCCGCUUUUGAUAAAGAAGGAAUGGGUCUCAGAUUUACUCAUGAACUACCCAGUAAUAACGAAAUUCAAUUUUUGGAUUUGCAGCAGGAGGGGGCUUUCUUCCUCUGCACCAUAUGCCGAGGAUGA